UGUGAUACAUAUAAAUAGAGAAAUAAUAGCAGCAUUUAUUUUUGAAACGCUCGGGAAUCGGAACCGCUUCAAACGUAUAAAUACAGACCGAUCUGUUUCGUAUCUCCAAAGACAAAAAAAAAAGUUCCCACCUUUCUCUCUCAUUCUCGCCGCUACAAUCAACUCUCCGGGUCUUUGUCACGUGAUGCCUUGGCGCGAUAGGAUCAGCGAGUUACCUGAAUGUUUGAUAACUAAAAUACUCUCCUACCUUCCCACUAAACACUCUGUGAAGACUAGCGUCUUAUCAACAAGAUGGAAGAAUCUGUGGCUAACUGUUCCAUCUCUCCUCUUAAACUGCCACGACUUCCCUUACAGACAAGACGAAGUGAUCCUCAGCUUCCUUGACAGACUCCUCGAGUUCGACCCCGACUCACGCCUUCUAAAAGUUAAGGUGGAGUGCGGCGGCAGCGAGGAUAUAGACGGGCUCAGGGAUCGGAUCAGCACAGUGAUUCAACGCGGACCUCAGCAUCUUGACGUUGAGAGCUUUACUGAGUACAGAGAUGACGACGACGACAAUUUUCUAUAUCCUUUCAUCGACUACAUACCUCUGAGUCUCUACACGAGCAGGACGUUGGUCUCCUUGACGCUCACGUAUUCGGGUCUCCAGGAUCCUGGUCUUGUCUACAUGCCUUGUCUCAAGUCCAUGACACUCGUAAAAGUUCACUUUCUUCACGCUGCGGAUCUGGAGAAGCUUGUGUCGGGGUGUCCUGCUCUCGAAGACCUGACCUUGAUAAGGAACAUGAAUCCUAUUUAUGCGGAUGAGAAAGUUAUGCGUGUGAGGUCGAGGAGCUUGAAGAGGUUUCGUGUUCCCUUCAGUCACGGAAAGCGUUGCAGGUCGUCUGUGAAAUACACACUUGAGAUUGAUGCUCCGGUGCUAGAGCGUAUGACUCUCGGAGAAGAUCAUUAUGAUAUCAUCAUGGUGAAGAACCUGACUUCUUUGUUUACGGUUGACCUUGGUAUCAAGUUCGUUGUCGAGUUUGGCGUGUUCUUUUAUCCGGGGGACUUACCAAAGAGGAAUGAGAUCCGUUACUUUCUCUCUGGGAUAUCGAGUGUAAAACACAUGAUCAUCUCUGACAAAACAGUCAAGGCCUUUGAGCUUUACUCUAACGUAGGGAUGAUUCCCAAAUUCAACAACUUAUCACGUUUAGAAGCCGUGUUCCCCUUCAAGUUAUUACAGUUUCUGCCAGCCUUUCUUGAGUGUUGCCCCAAUCUGAAACAUCUAAUCUUGGAGGUUUAUUAUUCAAGGGAGAUGGAGGAUGCAUUUGAACUCACAGAUGUGCCUCAGUGCUUCUUAUCGACUCUGGAGUGUGUUCAGCUUAAGAGAAUCCACGAGUGGGAGGAAGAGGAGAUGAAAGUAGCCACCUACUUUCUUGAGAACGCUGCGGUCCUGAAGAAACUAACUCUGAGUCUCACCAACUAUCCUCGUUAUGUAUCGGAUGAAGAAAUCUUCGAGGAGGUUAAUAAAGUUACAAAACGUUCUCCAGCAUGCCAUAUUCUUCCUGAUUGGGGGUUAUGUGAAUGAUAUAGAGCAGUAUCAUUGCAGGUGUCUUUUCAUGAAUAAAAAUUUCAGUAAAAGUGUUUCUGUAGACAUUUCUCAGUUCUGGUUGCAUUCCUUAAACCAUGGUGGUUGAUACAAGUUCUUCAUGAAACUAUAAAUAUGAAAUUU